UGUUAGUCGAGGGCUGAGAGUUUUGUGUAACUGUUGGAGGUUAAUAUGCUGACUCUGCUGAUGUGCUUUUACUUACAUGCCUCACUACUUACAUAACUGUCAUCCUGAUUCUGCAGAUACUGUGUAGGAUUAGUGUGAUGUCUGAUUGUUAUCAUUGGAUCCCUAAUCUUCUGGCAAUCUUCUUGUUGGAUGAAUUUUAAUUUGAGGGGACCACUGAGAUAAUAUUGCAUGUCCUUUGACCAGAAGGGCCUAUGCAGAGUUAGGAGUCUCGAGUAUUCAACGUAAAUUAAGAGAAUGGACUUCUUCCAUGAAAAUUUUAAUGAAUGUGCAGUAUCAAAUACACAUAUGCACAUCUAAUAUAAGUUUAGUUCAUUUACUGAGAGAAUAUUUUGUGUAUCAUUGAUUACUCAUUUAACACAUAGGCUAGUUAAGUUUGAAGAAUGUGUUUGAAGUGAGAUAUUAAGGGAUUAUCUUUCUACUGCAAUUCCAAUUUCCAUAUCACCCCUUUGACAUUUUCUUUGUUUCCCCUUUGUCAAAAUUUAUUUUACUUAAAUUUCAUUUUUAUCAAUGUUUUAAAGUACGUUUUGUGAGGCAAAACAUUUUUCGUCCGCCUCAAGAGGCGUGAGUUUUAAAAUGGGGUGAGGCGAAAAAAAUACAGGAAUUCAUAUAAAAACACAUAAAUUAUACCUAAUAUCAAAUAAUCAAAAAACUUAUAAAAACAUAGCAAAUAUUCCAAAACACUUAAAAACAUAACAAAUAUUCCAAAACACAUAAGUUCUUAACUACUAAUAAGUCCUUAAAAUCUUAAAUUAAAGUUGAAUACUAAUAAAUCAUCAAAUGAGCUGCUGUCUGCUUUGUACUGCUGCUAUCCUUAACUACAAAUACUCAUAGCUGCUAUCCUUAACUACAAAUAUUCCAAUGUGCUGCUAUCUGCUUCGUACUGUUGCUGCCGGCUGUCUGCUCCUCAACGGAGAUGGAGAAGGGCGUGGCUGCAAGAGAUGGAGAGAAGAGGACCGUAGUGCAGAAAGUUUGCCUAAGCUACCGUUGUGCUGAUAUGGACCGAGAGAUUCCAGCUCUUAUGGGGGUGUCCAAGGCUGUUCUCGAGAAUGUUAUAUUUGUACACCAGGAUGAGGCAAACUGGCCAUUGCAAGAUCCAUCAACACUGAAAAAGAAGUUUGAUGAUAUCUUUUCGGCAACUAGGUACACUAAGGCAUUAGAGGUCAUCAAAAAGCUUCACAAGGACCAAGCACAGGAAAUAAAGACAUAUAAACUGAAAUUGGAUCAUUUACAGACACUGAAAGAUGCUGCUUUUAAGCUACGGGAGAGCAUUGCACAAUAUGAAGCAAAGAUAGAAACAUUAAACUCUCAAAUGCAGGAGCUUGACCCGAAAAUACAGAAUAUAGACAGGGAGAUCAAUAAAACGGAAUUGCUGUUGAAGGACCUGCGGAAAUUACAAGAUCAGAUAUCUACAAAGUCAGGGGAAAGAAAAUCCAAGUUUGAGGAUGUUCAGAAGCGUUAUAGUGACCUUGAUGAGGAAAAUGAAGACCCUGAUGAACAGCUAAAUGAAUGGAAAUCCAAAUUCGACGAAAGGAUCGCAAUUUUGGAAUCCAAAAUUAGCAAGUUAUUGAGGGAAAAGAUGGAUAUAGAGGAUGAAAGUCGACAUCAUGAAAAUGACAUUGCACAAUCUAUCGUGAAGAUUGCCAAGCUUCAAGCAGCCAUAGAAGCUCAAUUGUCCCAGAAGGAUAUAAGAGACGCCACCAUUCGAAGCCUAUUCAGGAAGCACCAUUUAGGCUCAGUACCAAGUGACCCAUUAACUGAUGAGGUCUCUUCCAGCCUUACUGAUCGAAUCCAGUCAAAGUUGAAGGACCUACACAUAGACUUGAAAGAAAAGAAGAAAUCAAACAAGGUAGAGGUUGAUGCAUUAUUUAAUAAGUACAUGCAUGCAAAUGAUCGUUGGAAACAAAUUAAGGCCCAAAAGGAGGCUAAAGUGGAAAGGAAGAAUACAAUUUUGACUAGAAUUCAAGAGAAGGAGAAGGAACGCGAUUCAUUUGAAGGUGAUAUUGCUUCUGUUGACAUGUCCGUCAUUGACGAGAGAGAAAGGAACUUGCGAAUUGAGGUGGAAAGGAAAAGUAAUCAACUGGCUGCCAAGGGUUUUGCUGAUAAUAUAAAACAAAAGAAAUUGGAAAAGUUCAACUUGGAACAGGAAAUUGGAGCUCUUGGCGAGCUAAGGGAUGCCAUGGAAGCUGAUUCCCAUGACAGAGUUGUACUUUCUGUUAAGAAAGCAGAUUUGGAAAAUGUUAGAAAGAAACAUAGAAGGACAGUGAAUGAAUGCAAGGAGAGAAUUAGAGGGGUGCUGAAGGGAAGGAUUCCACCUGACAAGGAUUUGAUAAAUGAGAUUGUUCAGGUCCAGAGUUCUCUUCAUAUAGAGUAUGACGACUUAGAGAAAAAGGCCGAUGAAGCGAGAAAUGAGGUGACUACGCUGAAGUUGAAAAUAGAAGAAGUCAACAGUAACUUGUCAAAAUUCCACCGUCAUCUGGAAUCAAGACGAAGUUUUGUUGAAUCUAAACUUCAAUCCUUAGAGCCACAGGCUGGUGGUAUCGACUCAUAUCUUAAAAUUUUAGAGACUGCCAAGGAAAGGAGAGAUUUCCAGCGAAGUGAGUGCGACAUUGCUGUAGGCAUGAAGAGAAUGUAUGAUCCGUUUGAAAAAAUUGCUCGUGCUAAUCACUACUGCCCUUGCUGUGAAAGACCUUUUUCAUCCAAUGAGGAAGAUGAAUUUGUUAAAAAGCAAAGUGCGAAAGCAGCGCGUUCUUCCGAAGAUAUGAAAUUAGUGGAAGCAGAGUCGUUAAAUGCAAAUGUUCACUUUCAGGAGUUAGACAAGCUCCGAGUGGUCUAUGAAGAUUAUGUCAAAACUGGCAAGGAGUUAAUUCCUCUUGCUGAAAAGAAUCUGCAUGACUUAAACGCGGAUCUUGAUCUAAAAAAUCAGGCCCUUGAUGAUAUGCUGGGUGUACUGGCUCAAAUAAAGGCUGAAAAGGAUUCUGUAGAUGCAUUGAUACAACCUGUAGGAACUGCUGACAGGCUGCUCCAGGAAAUGCAAGUUUUACAGAAACAAGUAAAUGAAUUGGAAGUCAAACUUGGUGCUCAAGCUCAAGGUGCCAAAUCCCUAGAAGAGAUCAUAUCUGAGUUGAAACAUUUAGAAGAUAAAAGGAAUACCUUGAUAGAUGAUACAGAGAAGUUAAGAACUGAGCAGGUCAGCAUGGAAAGAGAUAUAUCAGCACUACAAUCACGGUGGAGCAGUGUAAGGGAAGAGAAGAUUAAUGUUGUGAACAUAUUAUCAAACAUUAAAAGAGUAGAGGAGGAGUUAGAUUGUCUGUUUGAAGAGAAAAGUCAAGUUGAGCUUGAUUUGAAGCAUUUGGAAGAAGAUGUUGGUCCCUUGUCAAAGGAGAUAGAAAAUCUACGUGAUGAACACAAAAAGUUGGAGGCCAAGCUUAAUGAUGAAUAUGAAUUACAGGCUGACAAUUAUAGAAAAAACCAACAGGAAGUUGAUUCACUGCUUAACAUGCUUUCUACAAUCAAACAGAAUGAGAGCAUCAAUAGGGAUGGGAAAUUGAAAGAACUACAAGCAAAGCAAACACUAUCUGAAUCCAAGCUUACAAGUUGUCGAACCAGAAAGAAUGAACUUUCGGAGGACCUUGAAAAGAGCAAAGACUUGAUUCGUAAUCAGGCAGAAUUAAGACGCAAUAUACAGGAGAAUUUAGAUUACAGAAAAGCAAAAGCCCAACUUGAUGACCUAACUCGAGAGAUUGAAUCACUUGAAGACAGUGUAAUGAGGAUUGGCAGUGUUUCAAAAUAUGAAUCUAUGCUUCUGAAAAAUUCACAAGAACGGGAUAGUCUUCUGACAGAGUUAAACAGACAUCGUGGAACCUUAUCUGUAUACAAGAGUAACAUUGAUCAGAAUAAAGCUGAUCUUAAGCAGGCACAAUACAAAGACAUUGACAAACGGUACUUCGAUCAACUAAUUCAGCUGAAGACAACUGAGAUGGCAAAUAAGGAUCUUGACAGAUAUUAUAAAGCUCUUGACAAAGCACUCAUGCGCUUCCACUCAAUGAAAAUGGAAGAGAUAAAUAAGAUUAUUCGGGAGCUAUGGCAGCAGACUUACAGAGGCCAGGAUAUUGAUUAUAUUAGCAUUCAUUCAGAUUCUGAUGGUGCUGGUACUCGGUCUUACAGCUACAAGGUGUUAAUGCAAACUGGUGAUGCACAACUAGAAAUGAGAGGAAGGUGUAGUGCCGGUCAAAAGGUUCUUGCUUCACUUAUCAUAAGGUUGGCACUAGCGGAAACCUUUUGCCUUAAUUGCGGAAUACUUGCACUGGAUGAACCAACCACAAACUUGGAUGGCCCCAAUUCGGAGAGUCUUGCAGCAGCUUUACUUAGAAUAAUGGAGGAUAGGAAAGGCCAAGAGAAUUUUCAGCUUAUCGUCAUCACUCAUGAUGAGCGGUUUGCUCAACUUAUCGGCCAAAGGCAGCAUGCUGAAAAGUACUAUCGCAUCACUAAGGAUGACUAUCAACAUAGCAUAAUUGAAGCGCAAGAAAUAUUUGAUUGAUCGUGUUCAGAGUAAAUUUAUUGUACUUGUGUAGGUUUUUAUCUUUAAUUUGUUUAGUAUAGUUUUGUAGCAAGCUUCUCUAUUGCAACUAAUUGUUUUUUGUAACGUAUUAUAAUCUUUGGAUUAGAAUGCUCUGCUUGUUUAACAUUAGCUUCUUGAAUUAAGACCAAAGAUUUACCGCCUUGUGCUUCCUACUCUCAA